CUGGGGGCAAAUCACGUGAGCGGAGCGGGUGCCAGGCGGUGGCAGCGGCGGUUGGUGCGUGAGGAGCUAUGAAGCACUACGAGGUGGAGAUCCUGGAUGCCAAGACCAGGGACAAGCUGUGCUUCCUGGAUAAGGUGGAGCCCAAUGCCACCAUCGCCGAGAUCAAGAACCUCUUCACCAAGUCCCAUCCCCAGUGGUACCCAGCCCGACAGUCCCUUCGCCUUGACCCCAAGGGGAAGUCCCUGAAGGAUGAGGACGUGCUACAGAACCUGCCGGUGGGCACCACAGCCACACUGUACUUCCGGGACCUGGGUGCGCAGAUCAGCUGGGUGACGGUCUUCCUUACCGAGUAUGCUGGACCCCUGCUGAUCUACCUGCUCUUCUACUUCCGAGUGCCCUUCAUCUAUGGCCCCAAGUACGACUUCACCUCCAGCAAGCACUCGGUCGUGCACCUGGCCUGCAUCUGCCACUCGUUCCACUAUGUCAAGCGUCUGCUGGAGACCAUCUUUGUCCAUCGGUUUUCCCAUGGGACGAUGCCCUUGCGCAACAUCUUCAAGAAUUGCACAUACUACUGGGGCUUUGCAGCCUGGAUGGCGUAUUACAUCAACCACCCGCUGUACACCCCACCGACCUACGGCGACGAGCAGGUGAAGCUGGCACUCAUUAUAUUCCUGUUCUGCCAGCUGGGGAACUUCUCCAUUCACAUCGCUCUGCGGAACCUGCGGCCGGCGGGCUCCAAGACUAGGAAGAUCCCAUAUCCCACCAAGAACCCCUUCACGUGGCUCUUCCUGCUAGUGUCAUGUCCUAAUUAUACCUAUGAGGUGGGCUCCUGGAUCGGCUUUGCCAUCAUGACCCAGUGUCUCCCAGUGGCCCUGUUUUCUCUGGUCGGCUUCAUCCAAAUGACCAUCUGGGAAGGGAAGCACCGCAGCUAUCUGAAGGAGUUCCGGGACUACCACCCCUGCGCAUCGCCUAUUGUCCCCUUCCUGCUCUGAGCCGUGGGGUCUUCGGGUAUUGGUGCAGUCCAGGAGGAGCCCCCCCGCAGCUGGCACAGGGCUCAGGGGAAGCUGCGCAAACUCACCCAACUACCCGCUGCUGGGUUUCUGCAGCUUCCCCUGUGCUCACUUGGGGACUGCCCUGCCCCCCAGGGAAGCCAACACCCAGCCCUACUCAGAGCCAGGUCCCGUGCUCUCCUCCCGCUGCGUCAUGCACCCAGAUCUAAAUUCCUGCCGAACUGGAAACUAACCCAGGGAGAAGCUGGAGCUGCCUCUGCCUGGAUGCAACCACUCAGAGCUGUGGCCUGGAGGAAGGACCCUGGCCCCAGGCACCUGCCAACACUGCCCGAUCCCAGAGGAGCCGAGUGCUUGUGCCCCCAGUGGAGCUGGUGGAGUGGCAGGUGCUGAGCUGCACCGGAGACCAGGCCCCUUUCUCCAGGUACUGGCUCAGGAUCGUAGGAGCCUUAUUUCAGGCUCCUGAGCAGGACGAGAAACUUAUUGGCAGGGCCUCAGGACGAGCACUGGGCUGGGCAUGGGCCCUAUUGAGCACUUCUCUCCUUCGAAAGCUGCCCGGGGCUGCUGCCCUGCACCCCAGGCUGAUGGGAAGAGGGCAGGUUGGUAGCCGAGGCUGGCAGGGUCUGGUCAGGCCCCCAGCCCCAGGCUGCUUUUCCCCUGUGCCCUGCUGGGCCCAUGGACAGUCUGUUUAGAAUGAUGCUCCAGGGUCUCAUGCUAGCACAAGCAGGAGUCAGAACUGAGGCAUGUUGGUAGGGGGCAGAACUGAGCCAGGAGUAGGGUGACAGGCGAAAAGGGAAGGGGAACAGCACUACUGUGUAGGGAAAGCCAGGGGCGGCAGGUCAGGAUUGCAGGGCACUGGCAGGGCUGUGGGGGCAGGGACAGGAUUGAGGUGCAGUAGCAGGGAUGUGUGGGGAGCUCAGCUGGCAGCUGCUGGACUCAAGCCAGCACGGUUAAUUGUAAGCACAGUAAAGUUUGUCUUUUGUACCAUUCUUCUGUUCCAUCCUUCCCUGUGCCGCUGAGCGGCCACCGUUCCAGGCUGUAGCUCCAGCCUGGCUCUGCUGGGAUGCAGGGGGCAGAGCAGGCUAUUCUAAUAAAGACGUGGGCUGAGGCCCUUCUGGGGCCCAGUCCAGCUCCCUCCUGCA